AAAGCUCCCAAAAUUCUGUGUAAUCGUAUUGCCAUUGUAAUCAUUUCAUGCAGUCUAAUCAUACGGGUAUUGUCUAUUGGUUAUGUUGUCGGGGGCUUUGUUUUGAAAUACCACGAACACCUCCUUAGUGACGACAGCAUUGAGGCGCUCAAUGUAGUGUCUAUAGGAUCCCUGCCUGUUGGAUCAUUCCUCAAUGCCCUGUUCCUGUCUCUGAUUCCAACCAUUAUUGUGCACACAGUUAACGCUGCUGUUACAUUCUGUGGAAUUUGUACGCAAAAUAAAAGAUGCUUGAUUGCAAGUGCCAUCAUAAACGUCAUUUUGGUGAUUUUUAACUUAAUUGUCAUUGCUCUAAUUUCCUGGUUGCUCGAUGAGCUUUAUUCCACAAUCCUUGAAUCACUACGAUGGAACUUCCCCGGAGAAAUAAACCAGUUAACCAUAGCUAUGAAAUGUUGCGGAUUCGACAUAAAAUCUACCGCCUGUCCGUACGAUUGUAAUACCUAUAUUGCUGACACUAUUAAUACUUACGGUAGUUCUUACAUUGCUGUCCUCGUCAUUAAUGUCAUUGUAUCUGUUAUUAUGAUUGUUGGCACGGAAUAUCUACACAGAUUUAUAAUCGCCAGAUCACAUGAAAAGAAUAACCAGCCACUUGGGAAUGUUAUUGAAAAAUCGGAAAUGCACAAAAUAAAGAAUGGAGUUUGUGCUAAUUUUUGCUCGCUUGUCAAAGUUCACUGGACGGAGAGUAAACUAACUUCUUGUUUUGGAUUUCUAACAUUCUCCUCAAUGAUAUUGGAGUUAGGAAUGAUCCUGGCCAUAAUCUUCAUCAGAUACAACUAUUACGAUAUAACGAUGACUACAGAACUCUAUAGAUUUACCAGAGAAUAUCAUAUAAACAUGGGUUAUCUUAAGGACGCUCUGUUGAUUACCGUCGUCUGCCUCCUCAUCUGGUCAAUCAUUUCCAAAGCCUUGUGCCUUUUUGGAAUGUACUUCAAAAGGAAAUUUUUAUUUCUGAUAAACAUUAUUACAGACAUUGUUGUUCUGACAGCUGAGUGUGUCGUUUUAGUUUUUGCGUCAUACCUUCUCCGAACUUUAUAUUGCUGUUUCUGGAAUAAUAUUGACAUGUGUCAGUUCGACUAUGAAGACACCACGCCGAUUCCGAUGUGCACCACAAGCUGGGACAAUGCUGCACUGUUUAUAUGGUGUUCGACUGGAAUACUUAUCUUCCAUAUAUUUUUAAAAGUUCUUUUCGUUGGCAUGGCAGAUCGUGUUUACAAACAUUAUAUGUCUACCCUUGCAAUGAAAGAUGACGAAAAAUCAGUGGAGAUUCAUGGCUUUUUCCUAACAGUAUUUUCAAAAAUGAGAAGACAUCCCUUCAUUUCUAUCAUAGUCGGACUUUCAAUUCUCAUAACUGCAAUGGACUUGAUAAUCUUUUGUGGACUUCUAGUUAUACGAUACGGUUAUUCUUCUUACAAACUGUUGAGAAGAAUUAUGGACGCUAUUUCUCUCGGACCUUUAAACAUGUCCACAAAUCGGGACAACACCAUUCUGAUGAUGCUAGCUGUGACCAGCUUCUCAUUUUUCCUACAAGUUGGAAAAUUUAUUUCUCUUGGAUUGCAAAAACCAAAGGCUACAUUGUUGAUACUGUGGAAAGAAGUAGUGGUUGUUGCUCUGCUAAUUGCGGUUCUUGGUUUAAUAUCUGUCCAAGCAAAUCUAGUUGUUUGCUGCAAUGCUGCGAGUGAAAAUUGUUAUUUUACCUAUGAAAUUGAUUAUUAUACAAAUCGAAAUGCCAGUGACUUAUUCUGCGACAGAGAAAAUCCGGAUGUUUUUAGUGCCGUCGAAAUAGAGACCUGGUUAAUGCUAGGAUUCACGCUGUUCUUGAUUUUAAUGCAGGUUGUGUGUACCAUUUUAGGUUAUAUUUACUAUAAACGAUCUCCAGAGGGAUAUCUAGGGAUUUUUAAAGGAAUCGUUGAGCUUUUCAAGAGUAUGUGGUUUGAAAUAACAAAUAACAGGUUGAUUAAUGACAAGACGAUGCCAAAUUACAGAAAACAGUUCGGAAUAUUUUGUUUACUGACUGGAUUCAAUAUGAUCCUAGAAUUCACUUUUGCUGUGUCCAUUUAUGCCUAUUAUUUCACCGAGGGCGACUCUUCUGGAAUGUUGCGACUUCUUAAUUGGUUUUCUUACUUUCGAUACAACAUGGAAUCUGCAUACAAAGGCGUGGCUUAUACUAUGAUGGUUAUAAUUCCAUUGGCUAUUGGCCUUCACAUCGCUGCUUUCUGUUGGCUUCUAAUGAAGAGAACAACAGUUGCAUUAUACAUAAUAUUAGGGUUUUUGUUGUUUUGGACUGUUGGGGAGGUCAUAGUUUUGCGUUAUGCUUCUUAUAGUUUACAAUUGGCAUACGACUGUUCCGAUUCCCUUUACUCUUAUAAAACCACUGACUGGUGGUGGCUCCAGCCAUCUCCAAGUACCCUUUGCGACCAAUACAGCUCGAGGAUGUUUAAUCAAUGUGGAAUCAUUAUAGGAUACCUUGUGGUUCAUAUAAUAUUAAAUAUCGGCAUGACUCUUCUUUUGGAUGCAAUGUAUCCCCACGUUAGACAAGACCAUAACACUAACAGGCUCUCCAAAAGGUUGUGGAUACGAUUAUUAGAAGUAAAGAAGCAAAAUAUUGUGAAAAAAAUCAACAUUGGAGUUCACACACUCUCACAGAUUCUCAACGCAGUCAUUUGGAUAGGACUUAUCCUUAUGGUGCUCAUUCCCGGGUAUAUCCACACUGACCAUGUCUGUUCUACAGCCAAAAGCAAGAAAGAUACGGUGUUGGGAAUGGCCUAUGCGUUAAUAGCAGUUGUUCCGCUUUCUUCUAUAAAUCAAAUACUUGGAAUAAUCUGUUUAAUAAAACAAAAGAAAAUGGCUUUAAAUUUGUACAUCGUAUUUUCGGUGAUCUUCACAAUAGUGCACUUUGUGUUCCUGAUUUUUUCUGCUAUUUUCCUACACGCCAUGUGUAGAGCUGCAGGUGCUUACUACAUGUCCUCUUGGGUGUUGGUGUCUUACCUGGCGAUAACGAUCAUUCUCCAGAUCACAAGUUUAAUUUGCUCCAUCAAAAUAUCCAGAAGAAAAAUAUCUCGUAUUGGUAUCAGUGAGGAGACUACAAACCUUACCGAGGAUAUGGAGUUGACACAUGUGUUGGAGGAAAAUGACGCAGUCCAGAAUCAUAGAGAGGACAUGUCGAUAACAACUCCAGUAGAAGAAACUGGUCCAAGUAUAAACCAAACAAUUGAUCUGGCAACGUCUUUGAUGGGGGAAAAAGGUAUACAUAUGAACAAUACAGGGGGUAUUUCAAAGUCUACGAUGGAUGAAAAUGGUCCCAAUAUAACCAAGGAAGAUGAUAUGCCAACAGAGGCGGAAGAAAAUGGUUCAAAUAUAAAUCAAACGGGCGAUUUGGCAACAUCUUUGGUGGAGAAUAGUGGAACAGAUGAAAACCAAACAGGUGAUAUGUCAUAUGCAGUGAAUAGAAAUAAUACACAUGUAGAUCCAACAAGCCACAUGGCAACAUCUGAUGUGGAUGAAAAUGCUCUCCAUAUAAAUCAAAUGGAUGGAAAAGAAACUGCAACAUCUGAGAUGGAUGAGAAUAGUUUACUUGAAAACCAGUUAGUUAGAAAGGAAACGCGAAUGUCUAUUGAAGAAGACAAUAGUUUACUAAAAAUCCAAACAGAAGAAAUGACAACCACUGUGAAGGAAGAAAACUUUUAGAUUAAUUCAACAGUCUUACCGGAAUAUUUUAUGGACGAGGUAUCUAUUUAGAGAAGUCAGAUACCACGGAAGGGUUUUUGA